AUGGAUAAAGAAAAUCUGAAUAUGAAUUCCGUAGCAGCCAAGACAGAUAAGUUGAAUGGAAAAGAUGUUAUUCAUAAGAUGGUUAUGGAUCUUGGGUCCAUGGAAGAGGGAGAGAUUAUUCAGGAUAGUGUUGAUGAGGGGAAUUUGGGUGCAAGAAUUAUUAAAGAAGUUGAAGAAAUUCAGAUGGGUGUUUGGAGGAUAUUGACGGUUUAUGGAAGCAAAGAAGUGCUUGGAAGGAGGGAACUUUGCAGGGAUAUUGAAUUGUAUUCAUCCAAGGAUACUCCUUCAAUUAUGGGUGGAGAUUUUAAUUGCUUAUUGGCCAAAGAGGACAAGAAGGGUGGAAAGAGGUUUUUAUUUUCUCAAGGUUUAAAGGAGAUGAUAAAGUUUUUGAGCAAGAAUGAUUUGCAAGAAGCUAUUUUUCUGGGUCCUAGAUUUACUUGGUGCAACAACAAGGUGGGAGGAGAAUGCAUUUUGGAGAGAUUGGACAGGUGUUAUUUGAAUUCUAUGGCUAUUGGUUUUUCCCAGUUGAUGGUGGUUCAGUAUUUGACAAGGAUUGCAUCUGACAACUGCCCUAUCUUGUUAAAUCUGAUUUUUGAAAGCUUUAUUUACUGGAGUAAAGCUAAACUUAAAGAUCUUAAUGAAUUGAAGGAAUGUCUCAAAAAGGAUAUUUAUGAAUUGCGAAUGGAGGAAGCUAAUGUAGAAGCUCUUUUCUGA